GGUACCCCAAUACACUGCUUUGGCCCGUGCUUCAGGUAAACGGGAGGUGCAUAUUGGCCUGUUUGCACCAAUCGGCUGGUCACAAUCGUCAUCUGUUGACUAGGGUCAAGCCCGAUGUCACCUACUGGGCACCUCGUUAAGGGUGGAGGCUGCUUCAGGGUUGACUUACGGGCGUAUAGCUAUUGGUCAGCAUCGGUGUCAGAUAGCGGGUUGGUGGCAACACCAAUUCGUUAAUUGCUUCCCAUAAGUAGGACUCCGUGGUGGGUGUUGCCGCUAGUAGUAGAAAUAAUUCUUAUUUUCUAUGGCUGAAAAUGGUAAGGUGUUCAGUUCCGCACACCAAAGCAAAAACAGCGGAACACCCCUUACACCAUAUGACUACGCUAGAUUCUUUAUGAUAAAUCUAACUAACCCUGCUAUACCAAAUACAUCUUUCACUAAUGUAUCUCCAAUUUUGAUACACAAGGCUCUUCUCUCCGUUUUGGGGGAAGUAACCUCUGUGAAAAAGCUGCGUUCUGGCGACCUCCUCGUACAAGUCUCCUCAGAUAAACUAGCUACUGUCUUAACAACAUGUACUAAAAUGUGCUCGUUUGAUGUUGCUAUUACACCACAUAAAUCUUUGAACACCUGCAGAGGUGUUAUUUCAGAAACAGAUUUCAUAAAUGACACAGAAGAAAUGAUAGUAGAGGAAUUUGAAAACCAACAUGUUUCAUCUGUACUAAGGAUCAAGAUUCGCAGGGAUGGUAAACUCAUCCCUACGAAGCAUCUUAUCCUUACGUUUAACUUGCCCAAACUGCCAUCUUCGGUGAAGCUUGCUUGGCAUAACUGUCCAGUUCGACCAUAUGUGCCCAAUCCUUUGAGAUGUUUUAAUUGUCAAAGGUUUGGACACUCUAAAGCAUCGUGUCGAGGCAAAGCUACCUGUGCUCGUUGUUUUGGCAUUGACCACGAGGACAAUUUCUGUGAGUUGCCACCCUUUUGCGUAAAUUGCGAGGGUGAUCAUGUGGCCUACUCCAGGGGUUGUCCUAAAUGGUCACAGGAAAAGGAAAUACUAUCUAUCAAAGUAAUGCAAAACCUGACAUUUAGUGAAGCACGCCGAAUAGUUACAGCCCGUACACCUCGUCCGGGUGUGUCCUAUUCUGCGGCUGCUAAGAUUUCAUAUAAUUCAGUGAGCACUCAAACCGAUAUUUUACCAGCAAAUUCCUCACAGCACACAAACCGAAAACUUCCUAUUCCAUCUACUACACUCAACAAAAAACCCGUAUUUAAUUUCACUGGACCGUCGACAUCUCGUAGGCCUAUAUCAACUUCUCCUCCACCUACAAAAGCAUCCCGAACUAAUUUCUCAGAGAAAGUUCGGCCUGCCUCAGCGCUGAACUCGUACUCAAAACUACCACCUAGCAUAACCAGAAAGAAGAAAAAAACCCAAAUUUAAUCAAAACAACAGUCAAUCUACUUCUGCUUCACAGAAGAUGGAUGAUGUUUUGACGCUACAUCCUUCGGAAGAUGAAUCCCUUU